AUGGAGACGCCGCUCGCGCACGCGUUCCACCCCGCGCCGCUGGACGACGAGCUGUACCCGUUCCUGGACGGGGAGAGCGUGGGCUCGCCCGAGCACGAGUUCUUCAUGAGCGCGUACCCGGCCUCCAUCGCCGACCUGGACUUCGCCGCCACGGUGCAGGCGCUGCCCGCGCACCAGAGCGACAGCCCUGCCCCACAGCAGCAGCACCAGCUGCAGCUGCAGCUCAAGGCCUUCGACGACGGCCUGCUGCACCAGCCGCUGAACCUGCCGCAGCCGCAGGACAGCGCGCUGCUGUCCCCGUCCGCCCUCCGCGACCUCAAGCAGCCCAAGGCCUUCUUCGGCGCCUCGCCAAGGAAGAACUCGAGGGCGGGCGCGCGCCAGCGUCCGCGUCCGCGCGUGGCGUCGGCGCCCAGCUCCACGAGGUCGGACUCACCCGCGUGCUCGCCCCCGUCGAGCGUCAACGGCGACGGCGCGUGCUCGAGCUUGAAGGACUCGGAGGAGAUCCUGAACGCCCCCGUCAAGAGCCUCACCGAGGAGGAGAAGAAGCUGCGGAGGCGCGCGCAGGUGGCCAAGUCCGCCAGGAAGCACCGCAACCGCCAGAAGGAGGAGCUCGCCAGGCUCCGCGAGCAGGUGCAGAUGCUGCAGGAGCAGAUGGCCAUCAUGACCCACCACCAAGGAUCCAGCUCCCCGACGAGCAUCAAGCGCGAGCAGGACGUGAUCACGCAGCACCGCAAGCGCAAGAAAGUGGACGACGACGAAGGCGUGCUCACCGACCGCAGCAUUGGACUCAUCAACAUGCCUCCGCAGAAGCCGCACAUCCAGCACUGGUACCACCGCCUGCCUGUCGACACACUCGAGCGAUCCACCAUGCUCACUCGCAUCGCGGACAAGCGCAUGGUGAUCGGAGAGCAGUACAUUCGCAGUGAGUUCGGCCCCGGGACGUCCUAUCCUUUGACGGAUAUCAAGUUGAACUCGAAUGGACCCGAUCUCGAGAUCAAGCAAGUGCGGGGUCGUCUCGUCUCCGGGUUCACCCACCACGAGGUGGGCGAGGCCUGCUGGAACUCGUUCUCGAACUUUGUGUUCGAUGUGCCCGAGCGAUUCCGCCGCCACGUGACGUGCGAGCGACUCAUGGAGCUGGACGCCAACACGCGCUAUGGACGCACCAUCGUGCCCGUGCUGCGCGACCACAAGGGUCGCAUGGUGUAUUUCCACUCGUACUUCUUGGUUCGUCGACAUGUUCGGGACGAUUACGUCAUGAUCACGUGGGAAACCAUCACGGAUGACGAUCUGUACCCCCCAGCAGCAGAUGAAGACCCCGAGACGACGCUACGCAACGACGAAGUUGGCUGCAUGAUUUUGGAAUCCGAGCGACUGCCGGACCAAGGCGUACGCACCAAAUUCCGGUCCAUCACGCACAGCACACCGCCCGUCGGAGUCAUGACGCAUCCGCGAGGAAAAGUGAACGAAGCGUUCUUGACGGUGUUCUGCCGCAACGCAGACAUUGUCGAAAACUCGGCAUGGAACUUGCUGAUCAAAACCCACCCGAAUCGCAUCCCCAAAGCCGAAAUCGUGGUGUAA